UCGUUUGCGCAUGCGCGCUAGUAACACACGUGUUUGAGUUUAAAGUAUCUGUAGAGGAAUACUGUUUCUCGUUUCUUAAACAUUUUAACGAUUUAAAUGUUUGAUCUAAAAAAAGAUCAGAAACCCAUAUCAACCCAGCGUUGAUAUAGAAGAGCUUUUAUGAUUACUGGAGGAUCAUUUUAAAACUCCCAAGCAGUUUCAUUUGCAAAGAUGUCCAGCCUCGCUGCCAAAUAUGAAUAUCUGGAGAAGUUUACCAGCAAAAGCUGGAAUUCUGAGGAACGGAAGCCCAAGAAAAGGGGCCAGGUUCCCUUUCGAGGCAAAGGUGACAGUCAAGAUGGUCCACCUAAGAAGAAGCAAAAGAAAAACCAGGAAAACAAAAAAGGACGUAACACGAACACAAACAACAGAAAGUCAACCCCAAAGAGUAAGCCAGCACAGAAACAAAGCGGUACAGCUGUACAGAAUACUGUUAAGGGCAAAGUUCAGCAUGGGAAGCAGCUAAAGACCGAACAGGAUGCUAAAGGUACAAAGUCAACGGAGUUUAAUGCAGUGGAUAUUUUAAAGAAAAGACUUCAUGAGAAGAUUGAGGCGUCUCGGGGACAGGGAACUCCAAAAGAUCCCUCCUCAGAAGAAGUUCAGAAACGACGAGCAAAACGAAAACAAGAGCGGGAGCGCAAGAAGAGGAAAAGGAAGGAAUUCCGCAUGAAGAAGUUAGCGGAAAGUGGUUCCCUAGAGGUCAAAGUGGAAAGCAGUGCAGAACCGGCACCCGCGCCUCAGGGCAGUUCUACAACAAUUGUACCAGCCAAAAAGGACACAAGCACCAUCGUUUUCAACAAGGUAGAAGUAGGGGAGGAGUAUGUGGACAAAGGAACCAAGUUAAAGGAGAAGAAGAUAAGGAAGGCAAAAGGGACUCUCACUCCUCUUACAGGCAGGAACUACAAACAACUUUUGUCCAGAGUGCAGGCUAGGAAUGCCCGUCUUGAGGACCUGAGAGAGAAGGAUGAAAAGAAAGCCAAGAAGGAAGAAGAGAAAAUGCGGUGGACUAAUGUCCUGUACAAGGCCGAGGGCAUGAAGAUUAAAGACAACGAAGACCUCCUGCGUGCUUCCUUGAAAAGGAAGGAGAAAAUGAAGAAACAGAGGGUGAAGAAAUGGUCUGAGAGGAGUCAGAAUGUGCUGGAGAAGAUGCAGCAGAGGCAAGAUAAAAGACGCAGAAACAUACAGAAAUCCAAGCAGAACAAGAUGGAGAAGCGUAAACAGAGAGUCAGGAAGAAGGGCAGGGUGCUGCCUGAGGAUCUGAAGAAGGCUGCUGUGUAGAGAGAGGAAAUGUGAUAGCAUGGGGGAAAUGGGUUUAGGGGAAAUUUACAAAAAUGAUAACUGUCAAACUUUGAUUCAAUGUAAAUAUAUCCCAACUUAAUAAAGCCAAAUUUCUUUUAUUCAUAAUAGUGAUGUCACCGAUUAACAUGAUCAAUAUCUGUCUUAGGGCUGUUCAUGAGAAAGGGUUGGUCUGUCAGUGUCUGAUGUUCAAUAAAUACAAUUUUGGUGUUUAUUUUUAACUUUAUUUGAUAUGUGUUUUGAUAUGUAGAAUGUAUUUUACUAAAAAGGAUUUUCUUUACAACAGGCAGAAGACUUGGCUUAAAAUGUAUGUAGUGGAUCCACCUUCACUGUGUAUAUAGUAGUUGAUAUCCUCUGUAUUGUAAUCGCUGUCUUCAUUAAAUAUAAAGUAUAAUAGCAGAUCCAUAAAAUUGCUCUGUAAUAAAGGGGCAUAGUAGGAUGUCAGAAAAGUACUGUACUUAAGUAUGUUGUACAUGAUUGACUAAUAGGCAGUGAUAAGAAUAUUAAAAUAAAUGAUUUACAGAAUGGCACAAAAAAAGUGGACGGAGCAAAUGCUCAAGUACUUGGCCACUGACGUCACAGCAUUUGUGUAUAGGCUGCAUAGGCAGAUACAUUUCUUAAUGCAUCAGAACUAACGCUAUUACAGGAAUAAAUGAUUUCCUUGUUUCAUAGUAAUAGUUCUAUGUGGAGCUUAUUCAGAUGAAAAAAAAAGUUUGCACUUCCAUUGUUAAUUUCUAAACCAUGUUGGGGGGAGGACACUGAACAAUAUUACAUUUCAUGUCCUGAAAAAUACUUUUGGGCCAGUCUGUAUUACAAAAAAAAGAACAAACUUAUGGGCAUACAGUGGUAGCUCAGAGUGUUAAGGCACUUAACCCUACAUGCUCCACGGGCGGAGUAUCAUGGCUGACCUGAGCACUGACCCCAGCUAUACUGGGAUAUGUGAAGAAAGAAUUUCUCUGU